UUUGCAGAGCUCUCUUUGCACAGAUCUCUAUGUACUAAGAAGAUAAAUGUUGCUAAGAAAAAUAUGCAACACAAGCCCACUCUGUAAGUCCUCGUGAGGACCAUUCAGUAUUUUUUUUUAAAGAUGAACAGCUAGAUCUAUAAGAUACAGUAGAUAGUGAAUUGUCAAUGAGCAGCAAAAACUCCUCCCAGUCAUUACUCUUCACUCACCAUAUCUGUCAGCUAUUUAAAACCACAAAACGACACAUGCAGGAGGUCAAAAAUAGUCAGCCCUUCCCAAGCCACAGGAGUACCAUGGUGGAGCUGUGUGCUAAAAAGAUCAUGCUUUUAACAAGGACUAUCCCUAGAGAAGAGCACAGUAAACACUGAGAAUAAUGUAAAUAUUCUGCUUGAGUGAGUGAGUUUUUACUUUUUAUUCUUUGUCUAUGUUUUACAGGCUAAAAAAACAUUCAGGUUAUAUCUCUUAUUAUAUUUAACUUGUAGAAAACUGUCAAAAUGGCAGCGGUUUUGGGUCAGUUUAUGGAAUUCCAUUCAGUGCAUGGGACAAAUGUGAGACUGGACCCAUCGGGGACUCAAGCCACCCGAGUAGAAAGUUUUGCAAAUGGCGUCUGCUUCAGUAAAGACCCUUUAAGCCCUGGAGAGAUCUUCCUAGUGGAGAUUGAAGAGAAAGAACUGGGAUGGUGUGGUCAUUUAAGGAUCGGGCUUACUGCUCAUGACCCUCGAACACUGGAAACCGUGCCAGAAUAUUCUCUGCCUGAUCUAGUGGAUAUGGGAAACAGCUGGGUAUUUGCAAUAACGAGAAAUCAUAAUAAAGUCAUUGAAGAAGAAGCAGAAGGUGGUGAACAGCCAAAUGUUGGUGAUGACGCAGAAAACAAGCCUAAAACAUUUUUCACAGACACUCACCUGUAUAUAGAAAACAUUGGCAUACCCAGAGACAAGUUGGUGGGACGCAGUCGACCCGGGAGAUUCAGUCACAUCCUGGAUGAUCUGUACAAAACCAACGCUCUACCCCCCACUGCCCGUCGCAGUCGGAUUGGGGUUGUCUAUGUACCUAAGGGGCAAGGUUAUGGCGACAUGCACAUAAUCGUCAAUGGUGAAGACAUGGGAGCCUCUGCCAAGAGGAUCCCCACCAAUAAGCCACUUUAUGCUGUUGUGGAUGUAUUUGCAGCUACUAAAUGUGUUCGGAUUGUCCAGGUGGAAUAUGGCUUUGCCUCACUGCAGACACUCUGCCGAAAGACAAUUCAGAAACACAUCGUUCACAGAAUGGCUUUGGACUGGUUGGAACUUCCGGAGAAACUUAAACACUAUUGCAAAUAUGAGUGAGCAUAACUUAUAAAACAUCUGAGCAGCAAUGCCUUUAAGACUUAAUGUGGCUGGAAUGUUGUUUUUAUUCUCCCUUUCAACGAAAAAAUUCCACCUUUUCAACGAAAAAAAAGUUAUUUUGAAGCACUUGCACUGUUACUAAAUAGUGCUAAUACUCAUUUUAAUGUACUUAAAUUGUGAAUCUUAUACUCUGAUACUGUGAGUGAGUCGAAAAUGCAUGGCUAUUGGCCCUGUAAACCUGUCUUAAUAAAUAAUAGUUCAGGGCUGUCCAAACUCGGUCCUGGAGGGUCAGUGUCCUGCAGAGUUUAGCUCCAACCCUAAAACUAAAACUAAAGCUCUUACUAGGCAUGUUAGAAACAUGCAGGAGUGUUGAGGCAGGUUGGACCUAAACUCUGAAUAAGAAAUAUUAUUAGAAAUGUUAUUUAUGAUAAAAGCUCUGUGGUAUUAUUAUAGGGGUAAAAUAUACCAUAUAAUGCAGUGCAACCAGCGUACAUUGAUAAAUGUACAAAUAAAUGUUAAUGUGUAAUUACUGAUACACACAGGAUUUUUUUUCUCGCUCUAAUUUUAAUCAUGUCGAGGCAGUAGACUUUAUAGGGUUAAAUGCCCAUAUGCCAUAUUUAAAUGUCAACCUGCUGGUCUUGACAUUUCUGUUGCGUUUGUGAAUUUUUCAUUCAAAACGUAUUUUCUUUGCCAACUGUAAAUUAGUAAAUAAACGUACUUGAAUUUUCACUUGUGAUCUUUGACCUUUGAACCCCACUGUUUUCAUUACUUUUUUUUUAAAAAAAAGGUUGAGGUUGCUGAAACAUUCCUGAAACACAUUAAAGCAUUCAUUCUUUAGCCUGUCAUAAAAUUACUUUAUUCGUAAUGUAUUUGAUUAAUCUUUUGAAUGAAUCGAUUUAAUGAAGCACCUUUUCUGGUUU